AUGGUCCGCUUGACAGGCUCGCUGGCUCUGCUAGCACUCGCUGCAGCACCCGCUGUCCAUGCCGGCCCGCUCGCGCUCCUCCAACGAGCAUCUGAUGGCGCCGUCCGCUUUGGCUUGGGACGCGUCCUCCGGCUCAACGAAACCCAGAUCGAGCGCCUGUUGAACCGAGACGGCAGUCCUCUUGAGCCUCAUCCUCAUGCUUUCGACCUGACGGACGACAACUGGGAGACGGUGUUGGGCACGGCGACGUACGAUAACCCGUACGCGGCGCCGGUUGGCCGGGAAGGUGUCUGGGUCGUCACAGUGCACGGAAACGACCCUGCGUCGAAGGUGUUUGUUGAGGCGAUGGACGAGGUGGCGGCGCACAACUCGAGCGGCGCGGGAGGGACGUUGCCGGCCAACAUGCGGUUCGCAAGGCUUAGCUAUGCUCGCGAGACAAUCCCGACGACAAAGUGGUGGAUCUGGAAGACGCCCGUCAUCGUCAUUGGCACAAACAACAUGCGCGAGCUGCGCUUUAUCGAGCAGGGCCAGGUCCGCCCGAACGUCGCCACCUUGAGCGAGCUGUUCAGUCGGCCCGACGUCUGGGAGACUCUGCCCGUGUGGAAGGGCAUGCUGGCACCGGGAGGGCGAUUCGAGGACCGCCUACUGCGCUUUGCCAGGCUGUGGGCCAAGGUGCACGCCGGCUCGUCCAAGAUCCCCAACUUUGUCCUUCUCGCUCUCUCGGGCUUCCUGAUGAACUUCGUCGUUACUUGGUUCCACAAGGACGACGCCAAGUUGCAGGCAGAGUACCGGGCGCGGGCGGCGAAGGAACAGCUGGAGGAAGCGAAGCUUGACGGGGCUGCCACUUCGCCUGCACCAAAGACCGCUGCUACAACGGCGACUUCGAAGCGAACGACGAGGGCGAGCAAGCGGAAAUGA